AUGGCCAACCGCGGUAGGACGCUAAACUCGGAGAUCUUUUGUCUCAAUGACUUGAAGGAGAAGGGAUCCAAGAAACUCCCUAGGGCGUACAGGGAGUUCUACAAUGAGGGUGCCAUGGACUUGAUCACCGUCGUCGACAAUGAGAAGGCGUUUGACCGGUACAAGAUCCGUCCUCGAGUCUUGAAGGAUGUGUCCAACCUUGAUACAUCGACCGAGAUAUUCGGCACAAAGGUGACCUUUCCCUUUGGCUUCUCGCCAGCGGCCACCCACAAGUUGGCCCAUCCCGAGGGAGAGGUGGCAACAUCAAGAGCUGCGGCCGAGACUGGCAUCCCCAUGGCUUUGUCGGCAUAUGCCACUUGUGCACUGGAGGAUGUGAUUGCCGAGGGAAAAGGCAAUCCCUAUAUCAUGCAGUUUAGCAUCCUCAAGAAUCGUGCCAUCUCUCGACAGAUUCUUGAGCGAGCUGAGAAGGCCGGAUACAAGGCAGUCAUGAUGACGGUGGAUGCUCCGAUGCUAGGCCGACGACUCAAUGAGUAUCGCAACUCAUUCGGCAUCCCCAAGGGCAUGGGAUAUCCCAACAUUCUCCCAGACGUCGACUUUAGCAAUCUGGUGGACCAAGCCGCUGACCUAAGUUAUGAGGACUCAAUUGGUUGGGAAGAGGCAAUUGGCUGGGUCAAGAGUGUCACUAAACUUGACAUUUGGCUGAAGGGAGGCAAGCAUAUCCGGGGUCAUUGGCAUCAGGCAAUUGCUAACGUGGGAGUAGUAUACACCGCUGAGGACAUGGCCCUAGCCAUCGGGCACGGCGUGGCUGGAGUGCUCAUCUCGAACCAUGGCGGCCGACAACUCGACGGCGUGCCAGCAACUCUCGACGCUCUCCGAGAGUGUGUCCCCGUCGCAAAGGGCAAGAUCAAGAUCGCCGUUGACGGUGGUAUCCGACGUGGAACAGACAUCUUCAAGGCGAUUGCCCUGGGUGCAGAUUUCUGCUUUGCCGGACGCAUUCCCAUAUGGGGCUUAGCAUAUGACGGAGCUGAGGGCGUCAAGCUUGCAGUAAACCUCCUCCACGACGAGUUCAAGAUUGCCAUGUCUCUGGCAGGAUGCAAGACGAUCAAGGAUAUCAACAAGGGCCAUCUGUCGAUACUGCAGACGGAGACGGGCAUUCUGUCAAAGCUGUAG